AGUACAGCUGAAAUGAGCAGAUAAGGCGAUGGGGGGAAGGGUGCGUGUGCCUUCACAGGUGUUUCUCUUAACAUGACUCAGUUGUUACUACAGCGACACAUAUGUGCAAGAGGGAGAGUAUCCUGGUUGUAGGCGACCGCCUUGCACGCGAAAAAAGAGGAACCAUCUACAACUAAAAUGACGAGAAGAUAUUGAUAAGUACGAAAUAAGGUUUUAUAGAUACGCCCCAUCAGCUUUGGAAGAACGAUUUAUCUACACGCAUUCGUUUGGAUUUCAAGGUCACGAGAGAACAGCGGAGACGAGAAUGGCUACGGAGGCAGGCAUCAUGUCAUGCGAAGCCGCCGCGCCCGAGAAAGAGGGAAUCUAUCUCAUUAGUCGCUCUGUCGAGGGAAGCCUGGCCGUCAUAAACGGCUCGACGCCUGAGGAUGCAGUCGUCGUGGCAGCGAGGCCCGACUGCAGCGAGAAGCAGCAGUGGUACAACUGCGACGGGCAGUGGCAGUGGGGCGGGGAUCGCUCGCUGUGCCUGGCUCCGGCGCCCGACGGGGACGCUGUGGGGCUGGCCAAGUGCAGCUCCUCGUCCGCCAGGUGGCUCUUGGACGCCGAGGGCAGGAUGACCAUCGACUCUCGCGCUCUGGCUGUGCCAAAAAGGUUCAACGAACCUCUAGUUCUAAAGCACAUCAACGAGAGCAACCACGAAAAGUGGUGGACAGAUGCCCAACUGAAGGCGUCAUUAAAGGGCGUGAAGCCAGCGGUGUAUCCCAUCGCUGCUGACGACACCACCACGUACGAGCAGGAGAUUGCUCGGGGCAUCCUGAACCGGAUUGCGCCGCUGAACGAGCCAUUGCCGUACCCGCGGGACGUGGCCAGGUUUCCCGGUGCUGUCAACGACGCCACACUGCGGGUGCACAAAACCGUCACGCUGGACCUCUCCGUGCUGGGCCAGCCCAGCAACCUGCGCAUGAUGAAACCUCGUGAUUGGCAGGCCACCGACCUGUACGUUGCAGCGGGAGACGUUUUCCAGGUUGAUCUCCCGGAGACUCUGUCGCCGCAGCGGGCGGAGCAGAUCGGGAUUCUCGUCGGCGCCCACACCGACAGGCUCACCCCCCAUUCGGGCACCGUGCGACACAAACACUUCUGGCGGAUGCCGACGAUCACAGAGACGUUCAAAGUCCAGCCAGGGCAAAGUCACCUGCGGAGUCAGUACGGAGGGAGACUCAUUUUUACGUUCAAAAACGGGGAAAACUUCAAAGUCGACGCCGUCGUGUCGAACGUCGUGGAAGCGCCAUACUUUCGGCUGGGAAAGACGACUCCUGACGAAUGGGAGAAUCUGAAGAAGCUCGAUGCCCCUCAAGCUCUCUUCGAGAGCAACAGGGUCGUGGUUGUGGUGAAAAGCAAAGUCAUUCGCGAACUGCCUUUCCCUGACCAGCUGAUGCAGCGGUACGAGCAGGUAAUUGACAGCCACAAUGACCUCGCCGGAUUUAGCGAAGAUGACCCACCCCCGAGGGCAAAAUUUUGGCUGGUAAACGACAUCCAGAUUACGGCGGGCUCGGCGCACGCGGGCUUCCCGGUGAUGGUUGGCCCGUGCAGGAACCUGGCCUCCCUUCACACGCCCUACUGCUGGUGCGUCUGGCACGAGCUCGGCCACGAUUACCAGCAGGCGCACUACUGGUCGUACGCCUACGGGAGCGAGACAACCGUCAAUCUUUUUUCCCUGCAUGACGAAGAACGUUUUUUCCAUAGAGAUCAGCUAAAGGACAGCGGCCUUUAUCGCAAGACAGCCGCGAAAGUCGACGACGGCAUGACAUUCAGCCACGCCAACUGCUGGCAGAAGCUCGUGUUCCUGAUGGAGAUCAAGUACUACUUCCCUGACGUCGGCUGGGACAUGUACCGCCAGCUGAACCGAACGACGCGGGCGCUGUCGGAGGAGGAGGCCCACCACCUCGCCACCCACCACCAGUCGCAGAUCGACUACCUGUACAAGAACCUGAGCAAAAGCGUGUCCCACGACCUGAUCCUAACGAACGACCGCUGGGGCAUCAAGAUCAGCCAGGAGGCGCAGCAGGAGAUACAGAGCCUCGGGCUACCCAAGGCGCCGGCUGAUCUGUCCAUCAGGGAUUAAGGAGCACCUACGACCUUAGGUUCUUGGCCUGAAUCAGCGGAAUGUUUGAUUUACGUCAUUCUUGGAUUUUCAUUUGAAGUGUCAUCUGCGUUUAUAUUAAGUUAAUCUAAUUCUAAGGAGGUUUGGGGUUUUUACAUUGCGUGACGUUAGGAAAAUCACUACGA